AUGCGCGGAGUCCGGGUGCUUGGGGCUUGGACUCCAGUAGUCACCGCGAGGCAGUUCGUUCAGUCAAGAGGGAGCUUUUUCAGGGAGCUUUACCCUGGAGUUCAGACACAUACAUGUGUGACUGGGGUCUCCAGUAGCCAAAGCCGACAAUUUUCGAGAGUUCCGGCUUCAUUGUGCAACAGUACUAGCAAUUACCGUCUCCAACACCCUACGAGUUUCCUCCAGAACAAUGUCUCUAGACGUGUCUUUCCUCAGUCGCGACCCUCUCACAUUUUACGGUUCUUCUCCUCUACGGACCGGUAUCUAGAAUCCAAGUCAACCGCCCGGUCGACGAAUACUCCUCAGGUGAACAGUACACCCACUGAGAAAGAGGAUGAAGAAGUAGACAAAGGCUUCGAAUUAUCUGAACGCGCAGCGCAAGCAGCAAAAAUCAACCUCAGCGCAAAGUUGGCUAAAGACGGGGCAUCGGGAAAGAAAUCGGGGUUAAAAGAAAUAUGGAGACUUCUAUCCAUUGCACGGCCAGAGGCCAAGAAGCUCGGGUUUGCCUUCCUCUUUUUGCUGGUUUCGUCAUCCAUCACCAUGUCAAUUCCCUUCUCUAUCGGGAAGAUCAUGGAUGCGGCGACAAAGUCUGCUACCGAAGGGGGCGGUGAACUCUUCGGCCUCAGCCUACCAAUGUUCUAUGGAGCUUUGGCCGGAGUCCUCACCUUGGGCGCUGCUGCAAACUAUGGUCGCAUCAUUAUUCUGCGUAUUGUUGGUGAACGCAUCGUUGCUAGACUUCGCUCGAAGCUCUUCCGCCAGACAUUCAUUCAAGAUGCAGAGUUUUUCGACGCAAAUCGAGUUGGUGAUUUGAUCUCUCGACUCAGCUCUGAUACAAUUAUUGUCGGAAAGAGCAUUACGCAGAAUUUGUCCGAUGGUUUGCGGGCAGCAGUGAGCGGUGCAGCCGGCUUCGGAUUGAUGGCAUAUGUCAGUCUUAAGCUCUCCAGCAUUCUGGCUCUAUUGCUUCCUCCCAUUGGCCUUGGAGCUUUCUUCUAUGGAAGAGCGAUUCGCAACUUGAGUCGCAAGAUUCAAAGGAACCUAGGAGACUUAACCAAGAUUGCCGAAGAGCGCUUGGGCAAUGUGAAAACGAGUCAGUCUUUUGCGGGUGAAGUUAUUGAGGUUAACAGGUACAACAAACAAGUGCGGAAGAUCUUCGAGCUCGGCAAAAGAGAAUCCGUGAUUAGUGCGACUUUCUUUAGUUCAACUGGUUUCAUGGGCAAUAUGACGAUUUUGGCACUCCUUUACGUUGGAGGAGGAAUGGUUCGGUCUGGUGCUAUUAGUAUCGGAGAAUUGACCUCGUUUUUGAUGUAUACAGCCUAUGCAGGUUCAAGCAUGUUUGGUUUGUCUAGUUUCUACUCCGAACUGAUGAAGGGCGUUGGAGCGGCUAGCCGGCUUUUCGAAUUGCAGGACCGCAAACCGACGAUAUCUCCAACUAAGGGUACAAAGGUUGUCUCUGCUCGUGGGCCUAUUCGCUUUGAGAAUGUGUCUUUUAGCUACCCAACACGACCUGCUGUUCCCAUCUUCACGGAUUUGAACUUCGAAAUUCCCCAGGGAACCAAUGUUGCUAUUGUUGGACCUUCAGGAGGAGGCAAAUCUACCAUUGCUUCCAUUUUGCUUCGAUUCUAUCUUCCCACCAAGGGCAGGGUUCUGAUUGAUGGAAAGGAUAUUGGUGAGAUGAAUGCUAAAUCACUUAGGAGAAAGAUUGGCAUUGUGUCUCAGGAGCCCGUUCUUUUCUCGGGCUCUAUCGCAGAGAACAUCUCAUACGGAAGCCCGCAGGCAACAAGGUCCGCGAUUAUCGCAGCUGCCAGGAAGGCGAACUGCCAGUUCAUUAGUGAUUUCCCUGAUGGCCUUGAUACUCAAGUGGGUCCUCGAGGAGCUCAGCUCUCCGGUGGACAGAAGCAACGCAUUGCUAUUGCCCGUGCCCUAAUCAAAGACCCUGAUAUCUUAAUUCUUGAUGAAGCGACUUCUGCUCUUGACGCAGAAUCUGAGACUUUAGUGAACAGUGCUCUGGCUGCUUUGCUCCGCGGGAACAACACGACAAUCAGCAUUGCCCAUCGACUCUCUACCAUCAAGCGGUCCGAUACUAUCAUCGUCCUCGGCCCCGACGGUAAGGUUGCCGAACAAGGUUCGUACGAAGAGCUCAGCUCUCGUCCUGACGGUGCCUUCACGAAGUUGAUGGAAUGGCAAAUGAGCGGUGGCGAUGUCUCUCAGCCUCCAAAGGACGCUCCUAUCAGCCCUUUGACCCAAGAAAAAUUGUGGCAGAUGGAAGAAGAGCAGGAGGUUGGCGCUGAGGAAGCAGCCUCUAGACAAGGCGAGCAGCAGAAGAACGAGUAG